UAUAAUAAAUUUUUUGAAGGGGAAGUACACAAAUUUGUCUUGUAUUUUUUGUCUCAGUGUUAUAUGAUUAACGGAUCCUGAAUUUAACAUUCUUAACUUGUAAAUUUCUAGAUGAAUGUGUGUCGUUCGUUAAACAAUUGGGUUGUUGCUAUAGAAAUUGCAAAUUAACCAGUGUUUGUGUCGUUUUGUGUAUUAUCCUUUGCUUGCCUGUAUUUUACAAUCGGUGUUACGGAAUAAAUAUAACAUAUUGUUAAAAUAAUAUAUCACAUCGCAACUUCAAAAUUUUAUUCAAAAUGAGGCAUCGUACAAUAUAUGAGGUUCAAACCGACUUGGCGAGAAGCAUUGGUCAUGGCAUGGAAAUAGUGUGGGAUUCUUUAUCCGCCAAUCAAUCUGCAAUAUUUAAGGAAAAAAUUAAAAAUAUAUUUCCGGAUAACGAUCAAAGGCAGACUGAAAUGGAGAAAGCGCGUCAAAAUAUUUUCCACAACGUCUGGUUGCAACGUAAAUAUACAAAUCGUGUCUUGCUCUCAUCCAUAAUUUAUGUAAUGGUAGCUCAAGAAAAAGACCACAGGGCUGCUAAAAACUCAACAGAAUUUUCUUUCCAUCCUGUAAUACGCACACGUAAAUGCUUAUCUUUAAACAACAGCUCUGGUUGUUGCAUGAUUUUUAUAGAUGAACACUCGCGUAUUUAUCAAAAUUGGAACCAAUAUUUGAAGAACAAUAUGCUUCCGAGUGGCACCAUGGUGGCCCCAAAAAACGGCGUUUACACCUUUAAUGAAAACGAAGAGGUCGAUCUUGAGGUUGGGCCUACACCAAAUACAUAUUCAAUGAGAAAACUUGAGACGGCAAUUGGUGUAGGAGGACUAAUUUCGGGGACAGCCCCUCUUGCACUCUCAAUGGUCAUGCCCAUCGCAGCGCCAGUCAUGUUAACUGCAACAGUUGUAUCAUUAGCCACAAGCGCUUUUGCUACUUUACGGUCAGCAACAUAUUUAAAAGAUCGUUAUCGGCACGGGCAGUCAACAUCCCUUGCUGAUCGCGAGGCGAGAAGUAAAUGGUUAGGUGUGGCAGGUGGUGUUGCUGGCUUGGGCGCAUCUGGUGCGAUGAAUGCUUUAGCCUAUGCAAACUCUGCUGGUAAAGGUGUACCAUUGGUAGCGAAGGUAGCUGUUGGCGGUGUAAAUGUAACUUCGCUAGUGCUGUCUGGCUCGGAUAUAUUAAAUACAGCUUAUGAUCUAUAUUUGAACUAUGAUGAAAGUUUUAACAGCUUUGAUGUUCUACAAUUGGCAUCUUCUUUACUAGUCUUCACACAUUCAAUUAAUAAUUUGGCACUGGUUUCUAAAAUUCCCACUCGUGGAGGAAGUGCUUCAAUUCGUAGAGCAAUACGCAAACAAACCAGAAACUCCUUUGACAAAAUUUCGAGCGAAUGUAUGAGAAUGGGUAAAAAUUUCUCCAAAAUGGAUCUUAUUCGUAUGGUAAAUAAUAUACCUUCAAAGGAGGACUUCAUACAACAAAUCGCUGCGGUAUUAGCUCAGGCAGCCGCAGGAACCGCCGCUGGUAAUGCUCUUCGGGAACUCCCACUAUUAAUUAACUAUACUUCGGACGGCGAAUUUAAUCCUAUACAUCUUCUUGCUACAGCGGGUUUUAAAUUUGUGCGCAAUAUAUUAGAUUCAAAUAGUUUUGUUGAUCUUCUAGGCACAAUGGCGACGUUUAUGUGUGAUAAAAGUUUUUAUUUGUUGAUGAAUUUAACUAGAACUUUUAUGGACGAAUUUGGCGAUGGUAUUAAUGAUCUGCUACGUACAUUUAUACCUACCGAAAAGGUGCUUUAUGAAAUGUUCAUGUUAUGUGUCACAAAAUAUUCUAAUCUCUCAUUUGAAUUUCUUGAAAAUAAGCAAAUCGAAAUAAUUGACGAGCUUGAAAAAUAUUUUUAUUCUUUAAAUCCCAUCGAUGAUAGUAAUAAAUCAUUAAGUUGUAAAAUUUGUAAGGGUUAUUAUUAUGAAUGUACUCUAUGAACGAUUUUUAAUGCAUACUUUUUUUAAUGAAAAUUAAUGUUGAUAUUAAUACUCGAGACUGUACUGUUUUAUAAAUUGCACUAUUAAUAAAGUUUUUUAACAUAUA